GCAACGCGUGGAGUAAAAUUGGAAUCAUGAAUCAAGCUAUUCUGUGUCUUCUUAGUCUGACCGCCAUGUUCGUCAUGUGCUGUAAGUACAUAAGCAGUUAUUUGCUGUGUUGGUGUAAUGUACUCAGGUGAAUAAGAUGCUUGUGUGAUGUUACUCUGAGUGUAUAUCCACACCGGGCAAGCUUGAAAAAUAUGCCUGGCCACGGUGGGAUUCGAACCUACGACCUUUGGAAUACCAGCCCAGGUUCGAAUCCCACCGUGGCCCGAGGCAUAUUUUUCAAGCCUGCCCGGUGUGGAUAUACACCCAGAGUAACAUCACACAAGCAACAUAAGCAGUUGUUUUUUAAGAGACCUUUCAUUCGCUUUUUAUAUCCUUUUAUAUUGUAAACGCAUUGUAAAUUAGCGUAACCGCCACUAUAAAUGUGUCAAAUAAACCAUUAUUACCACCAUAUUACCACAAUACUUUAGAAAGGUUUGAAAAUCGUUUUCUUGACUUUCAUAUUGUUUUUUUAAGAAAUUCUUGCCAAUCUUGGACAUCGUUUUUAUUCUGGCUACCCAACUGAUUGAGAUUAGAGAAAGUAUUGCCUCCAAGCUUCGAGUCAACAAGACAUGUGUCACCAUACUAUUUCAAUACUAUAUCCAUAGUAUGGGAAUUGCAAUUAGUAUAAAAAUUGGAUUUCCAUACCAUUUACAACUACGAUCCAUAUUAUUUCCAUAGUAAGGAAUUUAAAAAAAAAAUUUCCAGUGUAAUUCACUGGCGGAGAUAUAUGUGUAUCUGAGUGCUCCAGUUUACCAAGAAUUCUUCCGUACUGAACAGUUUGGUCGAGUUUUGUCCGGCCCAAUUAAGGAAGUCUGAAAUUAUACAAUGCGUUUUCAAUGAGUUCUAAUAAUGAAUUGAAGCUAUUUUAUAGCGAAUGCUAGUGGCAGUGACUGAAAAAUUGUAAUGCAAUAUGCUUUAAAUUUCACUAGAAAUCAAUAAUAGCAUGCAGUCGUGAGAGCAAGUUAAUAAUCAUUUUAUUAAAUUGUGCUUUUUAUAUAUAGCUUCAUCACAAGUGGAGCAACCUGAACACAGUAAGUCAAAAUUCGUUUCUAAUUAUUAACUAAAAAUUGAAAACAUAUUAAAUUUGAAAAAAGUUUCAUUGAAAUUUUCUUCAUGAUUCGCUUAUACUGGUAUUUUGGUUUUUCAGAUAAAGGUUUGGUCAUUAAGAAACUGUGCUUCGAAGGUAUGACAUCAUACAUUCUUUGACCCCUCACCAGCGCAUUCCUUAAAUCCGUGACCUAGACAUUUUCGCUGAAAGUUACGUAGUUCAGCAGGGUCUUGGUAUUCGAAAAUACAAUAUGUUCUUGUGUUAUGCGCACGAGGUAACGGAAUAAUGAGAUAACAUACUGGGGGAAUGAUGCGAAUAGCUUCAUUCACAUCCUACGGGACAUCAUGCAAUUUCAUGAUCAACUGAAGAUGAAUUACUAAAAUAUGCCCCUCAGCCCCUCCACAUGUAAUAGUAGUUGAUUCAAAACUCUUUUGCAGUACAAUUAUUUAAUUGACGCCGAGUUAAUUUAACUCUUUUCACAGAAUUACUAAUUACUAAGAUCAAUAACACAAUAUAAAAUAUUGUUUAGUACUAAUUAGAUUAGGUAUUUACACAAGGCAAUAGCAGGUACAAAGCUAAUGAAGUGAUUAAAAGUGAGAAAAGAUGGAUUGUGAUCUCUUUGUUCUACAAAUAUGGAAAUGUCAUUGAAAAGAUAAAAAAUUACCAGAGUUCUUCCUUAAGUUAAAAUCGUGGUUACAAACAACUGGCUUUGACAGCAAAUUAAAUAAAGGCGUUGUUCCUAUCAUUUAUCCUGUUCAUGCCUUAAAUUUACCAUAAUUGUCCCAGUUUAAUUAAUGCAGUUCUUGAAUGCAUAUAAGUAGCAGUGAAAUGACAGAUUUUUGUGUCACGAUACGUGAUUGCCGGCAAUUUAUGCCCGGUAAAAAGAAGUUUAUACGAGGCCUGUAGAACAAGGACUGAUGAGAGUUUUGAUAAGUAUAUAUAUAUAUAUAUAUAUAUAUAUAUAUAUAUAUAUAUAUAUAUAUAUAUAUAUAUAUAUAUAUAUAUAUAUAUAUAUAUAUUAUAUACACAAGGUCUGGAUAUGAGGUAUUCUGCAACCUGAUUGGUUCUCUACUAGCAGGAUAUUAGCUCAUAUCCUGCUAGUAGAGAAAAACAAAAUGGCGGCUCAAAAUGAAUUUCCGACUUUUGCGAACGAGAAAAUGACAAGUUGCUCGCUUUUUAUAGCCUUUACAGGAUUAAAAACACAACGAAAAACUCUCACAAACUUUAGGAAAUGAAUUUUUAAAAUUUAAAAUGGUUAAAAAUAUAUAUUUUGGAAAAAAUAAUCGGCCGAAAGAGCGAAGAUAAAAACAUAAACAAAAUAGAAAAAUAUUGAAAAUAUCCGAAAAGCAAAGUCUGUGAGUUCAGACCUUGUGUAUAUAAUAAAACAGUUAUUCCACUCACUCUCGUCGAAUAUGAGCGAUAGUCGAUUCGGCGCUACGCGCCUCAUCGGCUAUCAGCUCACAUUCGACUCGAGUUCGUAGAAUAACUGUUAAAUAUACCUUAAAAGUUGGUUUUAAGAACACCUUUCAAUGUUGGGCUUUCAGUAAUGAAGGGGACCCCCAAAUGAAAUUAGUCACCGCACAAAAAUGUAAAAAACGGAUUAAAGAAGGCAGUUAAAUUUGAUACUCAAGAUUGAAAAUAAAAUCUACAAAGUUAAUCAAAGGCUAGGCCGUUGAGACCGACUAACGGAUCUAAUGAAAGGGACAGAAAGAAUUAGAGCAGUUUGCAGUUGUUUUUGCAAACCGGGCACCGAGCGAAUUUUGCCAUUUCUCUCAUUUAACAAUUGUCGUGCUUCUUUAGCCAAAAUCAAAAGAAUCUGAAAGGCCCGAUUCGCAUGGAAACAGCGCUCAAAGCUGGCUGGUCAUUUCCCAUUGUUUAACUGCCCCAUACUUACCCUGACUGCUUCGCAACAUCCAUGAGUCAAAAACGUAACAGUUAAUAACGUACACUGUUAAAAUGUAUUUGUAAUUUUCGUGAACUGUUUUUUUUACGUGUGAAACGUGACUUGGCUGAAGCGUAAUCCGACCCUCUCCCUCCAACAUUUCACCACCUUCCCCCCCCCCUUCAGCGAUGGCUACACCAUUACUGCUCUUCCAUUUAAGACUGCCUUAUUAUUUUAUUUAUUCCUAUUAGAAUGUAGAAAGUUGGAAAGUUGGGGCAAGUUUGUAGCAUGUGGCGAAGACGAAACUGCUGUAAAAUGCCGUGGAGCAAGUCAGAUGAAUAAUGACAAAGGUUGUGAAAUAAACAGCUGUGGUUUUGGCGAAGAGGAUGGUUUUGGUGGGAAAAUUGAGGCAAUAUGCUGCAAAGAAACGGAACACAAUUGGAUUGGCUAA